CGGAGGAGGCGGAGCGGGAAGGGGUGGGGUCCGUUCGCGGCCCUGCCCAGCGAGGUGGGGCCUCGGACCCCGCCCGGCGCUGCCGGGGAGAGCGACCAGGGCCGGCCUGCCUGCCUGGGGAUCCGACGCCUCCGUCAUGUUCUCCCUCCGAGCCCCCAAAGCCACCUUCAAGUCGUACCUGUUGCCGCAGGCUGAAGAGAAGAUCAUUCCGGAGCCUCGACUUAAGAAACUGGAGCCUGUCCUACUGCCAGGUGAAAUUGUGGUGAACGAAGUGAACUUUGUGAGGAAAUGCAUCGCAACGGAUACAAGCCAAUACGACCUCUGGGGGAAACUGGUCUGCAGCAACUUCAAGAUAUCCUUCAUCACAGAUGACGCCCCUCCUCUUCAGAAAUUCCAGUACAAAAAUCUCCUCCUGGGAGAACACGAUGUUGCCUUGACGUGUGUAGAGCAGAUCGUCACAGUGAACGAUACCAAGAGGAAGCAGAAAGUCUUAGGCCCCAACCAAAAGCUGAAGUUUAAUCCAACGGAAUUAAUUAUUUACUGCAAAGACUUUCGCAUUGUCCGUUUUCGUUUUGAUGAAGCUGGACCGGAAAGUGCUAAAAAGGUGUGCCUUGCAAUAGCACACUACUCACAACCGGCAGACCUCCAGCUGCUCUUUGCAUUUGAAUAUGUGGGCAAGAAAUAUCACAAUCCAGCAAAAAAGGUGAAUGGAAUAGACCCUGGAGGAGGAGGAGGAGGAGGAGGAGGAGGAGGAGGUGGUAGAGGUGGUUAUAGCGUUCACCAUCAGACACCCUUGUUUGAAACGUUCUCAGACUGGGAUAGGGAGAUCAAGAGGACAGGAGCAUCCGAGUGGCGGGUCUGUUCAGUCAACGAAGGCUACAUGAUAUCCACCAGUCUUCCAGAAUAUUUUGUGGUCCCUUCCUCGCUGGCGGAUCAAGACCUGAAGCUGUAUUCUCACGCCUUCACCGGACGACGGAUGCCAAUGUGGUGUUGGAACCAUUCCAACGGGAACGCUCUGGUGAGAGUGGCCCACAUCAAGGACAGCCUACAGCAACGAAAAAUAGACCAACGGAUUUGCAAUGCUGUCACCAGAAGUCAUCCACAGAGGAGUGACGUCUACAAAUCCGACUUGGAUAAAUGCCUGCCAAAUAUUCAAGAAAUCCAGACGGCUUUCCUCAAACUGAAGCAGUUAUGUGUGAAUGAGCCUUUUGAAGAAACAGAGGAGAAGUGGCUGUCCUUGCUAGAUAGUUCACGUUGGCUGGAAUACGUGAGAAUCUUCCUGAAGCUUUCUGCAGAACUGGUCUACAUGCUGGACAGCAAACACGUUUCAGUAAUUUUGCAAGAGGAAGAAGGGCGAGACCUAAGCUGCUGUGUGGCAUCUCUUGUCCAAGUGAUGUUGGAUCCCCAUUUUCGGACCAUCGCUGGAUUUCAGAGCCUGAUUCAGAAGGAGUGGGUCAUGGCAGGACACCCGUUUCUGGACCGGUGCAAUCACUUGAAGAAAUCUGACAAAGAGUCUCCUUUGUUCCUGAUGUUCCUUGACUGUGUCUGGCAGCUGCUUGAGCAGUACCCAUCGGCCUUUGAGUUUUCUGAAGUCUACUUGACCAUAUUGUACGACAGUACACGGAUCUCACUGUUUGGUACUUUCCUCUUCAAUUCUCCGCAUCAGAGAGUGAAGCAAAGCACGGAAUUUGCCAUCAGCAAAAAUAUUCAGCUGGGUGAUGAGAAAGGCCUGAAAUUUCCUUCCGUUUGGGAUUGGUCCCUUCAGCUCACCCCGCGGGAUCGCCUGCUCUUUCACAACCCUCUGUACAUUGGCAAGAGCACACCAUGUGUGUGCAACGGGACCGUGAAAACCUUCAAACGGUCAAAGAAGAACUACAGCUCAACCCUCAGAGGCUUCCCGUCUUCCCUCAAGAACGGCAUCAUCAACGAACAAGACUUCUUCCCCAGAAGAAGCUCCCUGAUCCUCAAGCUGAAACCGGACUUCCUUCAUCACAUGGACAACACGACCAACGGCAUGGAACAGUAUUUCCGAGACUGGUUCUCCAAGCCAGCAGACCUUCACGGUGUGAUCCUACCCCGCCUCUCUGGCACACAGAUCAAACUCUGGAAACUCUGCUACUUCCGUUGGAUCCCCGAGGCCCAGAUCAAGCACGGGGGUUUCAUCACAGCCUUCCACAAAAUCUCUCUGUUGGCCGACGAGGUGGAGUCCUUGAACCAGAGCUUGAGGCAACACAACGGCAGCCCGCCAUUGUUGGCCAACGCAUCCGAGCAGGACCAGGGUCGCCUCUACUUCCGAGCCCACAGGCUCAAUGACAGUCCCACCACGCCAGACUUCCUCUCCUCCGCUUUUCCAUUCUCCCCUGUGGGAAACCUUUGUCGGCGUAGCAUCCUGGGCACGCCCCUGAGCAAAUUCUUGAGCGGUGCCAAAAUCUGGUUGUCCACCGAGACCCUGGCCAAUGAAGACUAACCCUGGGAGCGAACGAAGAAGAAACGGCGGUCUUAAUCCGACACCGCUAGCCAGAAGCUGUCCUAACUUUAUAGACCACGUUGAUGUUUUUGCACAAAAGUAUUUAAAGGCAAAAUCCUUGUGUUUUCAUAAUGCACAGAAUAUUAUUAUUAUUAUUUUUGUUUUGUUUUAACGUUGCAGCCGAUCCGUUGAUCGUCUUGUCUUAGUUUCACCCAUGAUUCUUCCUGCUGUCUUGGUUGAUAGGGCAAUUGCUUUUGGAAGUUGAUUCACCCUCCUGAUAACACCCAUGCAUCAAAAGUUGGGCUUGAUGAUUAACUGUGUUUUGUUUCUGUUUUGUGAGGUUUCCUCUUUUGGAGUUGCUGGCUGAAGCCUGCAGCUUGACAAGAGGGAUGAAGGAAGAGAAAUAGCAAAGAAAAGAAAAAAAGAGAGAGAUUUGCAGGGUGACUAACCAGUGCGAAAUACUAGAGCAAUAUAUAUAUAUAUAUAUUUCCCCCCCUCAGGUGGUAGAACAAUCCCAUGAUGAUUUAAAAUUUUGCAUUGCUGUGAAUUUCAGCCAGAACUUUUACCCUUCCAUUGAAGUAAAUUAUAUUUCGCUUUACGCCUCCCUUUUGGUCAUCAUGGUUACGUUUGGCUCAGCUCUCUAUUUAUUUAUUUAGGCUUUGAGGUUGCCUUGUAGUUUACAAAAAUCUGCCUCCCGAAUUGCGUACGCUGCCAAUGAAUUUUUGCUGGUGGGACGGUUGGUGUCUCUUAGCGGAUUAAAACCAAGAAAUAACAAAAGAAAACUAGCUGGAAAAAAUCUUACGGCUUUUAAUCUGGUUAAAGGGUAAAGAGAAACAAUUGCCCAUAUUGGCUCCAGGCAUCGUGGUUUGAGACCGUUCUACCAGCAUGUAUGCAAAAAUGACAUUUUUUUAAACACUAGUCUUAAAAGUGCCUUUUCUUGCAUUGACGUUAGUAUUUGCCCGGAAUUCAGUUACAUUCAUUUGAUAAGCUAACAUUCUGCAUUUUGAUGAUGAUGUAGCCUGUUUCCAGUCUCCAUAGUGAUUUCUGGAGGUGCUUUAAGGAUUUACAAUCCUCUAGCCAGGAACUGACAAAUUGUUGAGUAUUACUGACUGUGAAUGGGCCUUGAUUGGGUUAGAAUCAGCAUUCUUGGAAGGAAAUACUGUUUUUUAUACGUAGUUAUGGACUCCCCUUUUUUUUUUAACAGUUUAGUUCAGUGUUUAUGAACGAACCUUGGCUACUUUUUAAGAUGGUGGACUUCAAACUCCCAGAAUGGCUGGGGAAUGCUGGGAGUUGAAGUUCACCCGUCUCCAAGUCGCCAAGAAUGAUUUAGGUUGAAUUCGACCAAGAUGGUUGGUGGAAUUCUUUUAGGGCUUCCCGAUCGCAGAAUCUGAGGUGGGCAGGUGUGCAGCAUGGGGGAAAUUUUAAGAGGAUUUGGGGCAAAUCUGGACAUGCCAGGGACAUCCAGUCAUGUGUUUUGUCUUGAGCAGGUGGACAUGGGUUUUCUGCCAUUCUGUAGUGGAAAGGUGCCUUCAAGGCCUGGUCAGGAAACCAUGGAAACCUCGCCUGUGUGUGAAAUGGAUAGCUGUCUGGAACAUGGCUUAUGUUCAGCCCCAUUGGGAGAACAUGACAUACCCAGAGGUUCUCAAAUAUUUGAGAUACUGGUGUUGAUCCAGCAGUGGACAAAUAGCACAUAGUUACAGUUCUGCUGUUUGGGACAAGGAAGGAAGGGAUCCAGAUUGACCCCCUUCCCGUGUGGGGCAAUCUGGGGAUCGACCGUGCCAUAUGCAGUCUGUCUCACUGACCAUUGUUGAAUUGGGGUCCCAUUAUCAAGUCCGUUACGAUCUCUUCCCCUUCCACCCCCACAAGCUUCUACAAGUGGGUCACCCAGAUGCUGAUCCUUCAAGGACAUUAAUUACAUAACUGAAAUCUUUAUCUUUAAUCAUCGUCAGUGGAGCAAAAGCUUAAUUUUCCUACGGUUGAGUUCCUUGCGUUCAGGAUUUUUCAUAGGGGUGGGAGAAAUCAAUUCCUUUUUACUAAGGUGACUUUCUUAUACGGAUUCUCUACUUAACGCUUCAUAGUCUUAAUGGCCUUUCAGGUGUAUCAAAUUUUGCUAAGGAAAGCGGGAUGAGUAUAUAUAUUUUGCAAAAAAACAACCAGUAACUACGUUAAGGUGAUUUAACUUUUUUUGAGAUGUGUCUUGUACGCCUGAUCCUCUUUUUAACAGGAGUUUUUUAAUUGUGCAUUUUUGUAAUGUGUGACUUUACUUUUUUUUUUUUUUUUUAAACCCUUGUGGGAUGUUAGAACUUUGCCUUUGAAAUAGUUGCCUGAUCAAAUGGGAAGAAAAUGGCUUUGUGGGAUGGUAGUGUGUGAAGCAGGUAUAGGUAGGCCUGUGGUUACUCAUGUCAGUAGAUCAGUUAAUUUGGCAGGAAAGAGGCCUCCUGAAAUAUAAGCAUUAUUUACUGUUAAGUAAUCAUGCUUAGCAGGAGAACCUGACAUGAGGGUCUCAGACCAUAGAAUCUUGAUUAGUCUUAAGUGAAAAUACCUCUUUGAAGUGAAUAUGGUGAUCAGAAAUGAAGGGAAGUUGCGAGGGAUGCAGCCUUGGGGACCUGUUGGCCUUUCAGAUGGUCUAAAUGAUCUUUUUUUCCCCAUGGGAUGGUGCUGAUGAGGAUUUCUAAAACCAGGCUUCCCAGCCACGCAACUUUUAAGACAUGUGGACGUCAACUUCCAGAAUUCCCAAGCCAACUUCUGGAAGUUGACAUCUACACAUCUUAAAUGUUUCAUGGUUGGGAAACCCUGGGCUAGAAGUUGUUUGGCUUAGCAACCUCUGAAGCCUCCACAAAUCCAAGUCCUUUUUCUGGGCACAAAUUGGGCCUUCUCUGAUGUCGUCCAGAUGUGAUGGCCCAACUCUCAAAAAACUUCCCAGACUGACCACCCGAUUGCAGUAGCUCUGCCAGUGCCUUUGUGUGCCAUGCAAUGGUGAUGUGGAGAAGAGGAGAGAGGUUGGUUGGUUGAGGUGGGUGGAUGGAUGGAUGAAUGGCUGCUCCUUGGUCUUCAUCCUGGACAGGACAAAAGGGUCCUUUCCCCCCCAAGGAGGAAUUGUUAGGGAGCUCCAGAAGAUAGUAGAGUUUCUCUCGUUUAAAGCCCAUCGUAGACUUGAAAAACAAGGACCAGCUGCUUCGAGACCACAAAUGGUCUCUUGGUCAAUCUGGCUCUCGUCUUACCUUCUGCCAACUCGAUGGCGUUUGUGAACUUAAAAGUAGGGGUGGGGGGGAAUUCCUCCCCCAACACCAAUGAGCAGCCCCCAUAUCUUAACUUUUUUUUUCAAAAGCAGGUACUUUCCACAGUGAAGUUUUUGUAACUGUGCAAAAGAAGAGAUGGUUAUUUUUGUACAUUUGUUUAAUAGCAAGGGGGCUGCUUGAGCUGAAGGAGGUGGUUGCUGUAAUUAAACUGUGUAAAAAUAAUUAAAAAAAAACCACAUCACUUUUGAUGCUGUCAAGUAGAUUUGUGACUGUGGGUGUGUUUUUACCAUGGGUGUAUAAUUUUCUUAGGCAUAUCAGCAAUCCUAAAGAUGUGUUUCACCCUGGCAGAAGGUCCGUCCUUUCAAUUCUGGUGCUUUUUGCAUGUCCUUCUUGUUAAAUUCUGGCUCUUUUAAAAAAAAAAGUAUUUUAAAAGUCAAAUACGCUUGACUUUUUUUUUUUUAAGGAAAAGUGAACCAAGCCAUCAGGAAAGUGGAAUUCUCUGACUCUAUGAAAAUGGGACUGGAGAGAAGAAAUCCCAUUUUUAUGCUUUUGGAAGAGACGAGAGGUGUGCAUCCUUGCCAACUUUUAAGACUAAUAGACCAACUCCCAGAAUUCCCCAGCCAGCAUGAGGGAAAUGGCUGCCUGGGGAAUUCUGGGAGUUGAAGUCCACUGAGUCUUAAAACUGGACACCCCAAUCUAAAGUUUUGGUGUUCCCAAGCAAGGAUCUGCCUAAGCACAGCAGAACAGACAAAGGAGAACGGUUUCCUUCCACCUGCCAUAAUGAUGUAUGAAAUUGCAAAAUAGAUGAGACUUAAUAAAAAGCAACCUGCCCUCU